AUGGGCUUUUUGCUCGGGCCAAAGACGGCCCUUUUCCUAGCAGUAUCUGCUGCCCUUAGUUCUCUGACAGUAGCAGAUCUCUGCUCGACCCUGCAAAACGCCGGCAUCAAGGUGGAGUGGCCGCUCGCCCUGGACUAUGACGCUGACUUGCUCCAUUACUGGUCUGCGGCCUGCUCAGACCUGAAGCCGAGGUGCAUGCUCAGCCCGUCCAGCGCACAGGAGGUCGCCGACAUCAUCGUCGCCUUGCAGAACACCACCGAUCUGUUCGCUGUCAAGUCGGGCGGGCAUAUGCCCAACCAGGGGUUCGCCAGUAUCCAGGACGGCCUGCUCAUCUUGACCAAGAACCUCAACGAUGUGAUCUACGAUCCCAAGACGCAGACCGCCGUCGUGGGCCCUGGCCUGUCUUGGGAAGAGGCUCAAGAUAAGCUCGACGGCACGGGCCGAGCCCUCGUGGGCGGGCGAUUGGGCGGAGUCGGUGUUGGAGGCUAUCUUCUUGGAGGUGGAUUAAGCUUUCUCAGCUCGCAGUACGGCUGGGCGGCGAAUAAUGUCGUCAACUACGAGGUGGUUCUUGCCAAUGGGACCAUCGUCAACGCCAAUGCAAAGGAGAACUCGGAUCUGUUUGCCGCUCUGAAAGGGGGCGGGAAUAACUUUGGUAUCGUGACCGCUUACACGUUGCAAACCCAACCGCUGGAUCACAAGAUCUGGGGCGGCAAUUACGUUUUCACAGCAACAGAGAGCACGACGUCGAAGAUCCUCGCAGCGCUUCGGGACUUCACCGAGCACUAUCCUGAUGAAAAGGCAGGGAUCAUCGUCACGACAGAGCAUACGGCCCUUCUCAACCUUUGGAUUAUUUUCCUGUUCUACGACGGCCCUAGUCCUCCCCCGGGCGUAUUCGACUCGUUCAAAGCGAUUGGACCGGAUCUGGACACGACCAAGACAUGGGACAAAUACACUGAUCUGCUCAAAUAUAAUGAUAUAUAUAUCCUGCACGGCCAACGAUACACCAUCGCAACUGAAACGACGCCUCUUCCGAACAAGACAGUCGGCGCAGAGGUCAUGCAGUCCUACUACGACCACUGGUUCAACGUCACCAACACGGUGCUCACCGUGCCGAACGUCAUCGGCUCAUUCGCGUUCCAGCCUAUGCCACGUAACAUAACCAGCAAAGCGAAGAGCUUGGGAGGUGACCUGCUCGACUUCCCCACAGACCAGGACUACAUCCUCUUCGAAUUCGACUUCUCGUAUGCCUUCGCCGCAGACGACGAGACCAUCGACGCCGCGACGCAGAACGUCUACGCGGGCAUGGACGCCCUCGUCCAGGACCACAUUGCGCGGGGGCUGCUCCCGGACGUGUACCGGCCGCUGUUCAUGAACGAUGCAUACUUCCGGCAGGACUACUGGGGGCGGAUCCGCACCAAGGAGCAGGCGCUGCAGACGAGGCUGAAGUAUGACCCGGAGGGGUUCUUCCAGAAACGGACGAGUGGGGGGUUCCGGCUGUCUUGA